GGAAAGUGGAUUUUACGUUUACGAAAUUGAUUGACUUGCAAGCCAAGCGCAAUGGCAGCGUCAGCAAAUGUAAGAGUAUCUCUGGAGAUAUGAUGGGAUCUGGAACCUCUGGAGUUGACCUUCUGAUGCCAUCGCCUUUUGCAAAGUAAACCAAUCACUCCGAUCCUAGAGCUCAGGUAGUUAAACACUGCGGGAUUUUAAGUUGCGGAUGCUUCUGGAAGACAUAUGUGGUGGCGCGGCUUGGCUAAGAAUUCAGUUCUCAGAAGGUUUCGAUCUGAAAGUUGCUCACUGCAUAUUCAUGGAGUAUCGAGCCGAAAUGAUACCAAGUAAGGUGUUGUAUUGUAUUCUGAGCAGGAAUCAGGUCUGCAAAAUUUUUUCUGAAUGACGAGGCCACCAAGAAAUUAAUUCUGAAGAGAAUCAGUAAUCAGUGGAGUCUAUUCGGCGCUCUUGUACCCUAAAUCUUCGCCUUCUUGAACUGUGCACGGAAGAAUCUGCCUGAAGUAUCAUGUCAGAGAAAGUGCUAAUCGACUUACUGAUACGUGAACAAAGCCUGCCAAAUUCCAAUUUGAGUCCUUUCGAAGAACAAAUGUUGACAUUCUUUUAGACAGGAUAGGGUUUCAGCGGAAGGUCCAGUGCAUUCACUCAUUGACAUCAGAUUGAUUUUGUGAGAAUCGAUCGUUCAUCGGUGAGGAGGAACGAAAACUCGAGGCUUAAUGACCCUCCUGACCGUGAAGUUCUGGACAAUCUGAUGAAGGCUAGUCAAGAAAAAGGAAUAUAAUUCGCGAAAGGAAGGUCUCAAAGGGCCAACGAAGGGGACGAUGGUGAGCCCUGGAACGUAUGCUGCAGUAAGUGCAGCCUGUGCCGUGGCGGUGAUAUACCAUGCCGUCAGCACAAGACGGCAAUUCUAUCCGGUUAUGCUGUACCUAUCGCACUCCAAAAUCAGUCUCCUUUUCCUUCUAAACAUGGGUUUCGUCAUGAUGUGCGGCCUGUGGCAAUUGGUGAACAUGAUCUUCUUAGGGCCCCUCAGGGAAACGGAAGUGGAGAGGCUGAAUGAACAGGUGUGGAGGGAAGUUAUGGAAAUUCUUUUUGCCAUGACUGUCUUCAGAGAAGAAUUCAGUCUCUACUUCAUGUUCUUGAUCACGGUACUUCUGUUUAUGAAAGCGCACCAUUGGCUGGCUCAGAAAAGAGUGGAGUAUAUUGAGACUACACCAUCUGUGCCCACUCUAUCACAUGUACGCCUCUGCACCUUCAUGGCGCUACUCCUGACGCUCGACUGCCUAUUUUUCCAUCGUUCAUUCUCCCACCUACUUAAGACCAGAGAAGCCUCCGUAUCCCUCUUCUUUGCGUUUGAGUACACAAUUCUGGUAUCGACCACAAUUGGGACUUUCAUCAAGUAUGCUCUUCAUAUGGGAGACACCUACAUGGAGGGACGAUUCACUGGCAAGGCAGUUUGCCUUUUCUAUCUGGAGCUAGUGCAAGAUCUACUGCACCUCUCCCUCUACCUUCUUUUCUUCCUCGUCAUUUUCAUGAACUAUGGCUUACCUCUUCACUUGGUCAGAGAGCUUUAUGAAACUUUUCGAAACUUCAAAAAUCGGAUUGCUGAUUAUUUACGAUACAGACGACUGACCUACAAUAUGAAUGAGCGUUUUGCAGAUGCUAACGCAGAAGACCUGAUUCGUGACGCCACCUGCAUAGUGUGUCGUGAGGACAUGGUGGAAGCUAAAAAGCUUCCUUGUGGACAUCUCUUCCAUAUCCACUGUCUGAGACAAUGGCUGGAGAGACAAAACACAUGUCCAACAUGUCGAGCUCCUGUGCUAGGCCCUGACGAUGAGCCUUCUAUAGAUCAGCUUGAAGAAGAGCAGUUUGAAAACGAGGUGCAAGCAGAAGAAGGCGAGAUUGAUUUUACGCCAGAAAACGCUGGUGAAAAUGCAGAUGGUAAUGCAGAGUAUAAUGUGGAACCUGCGGUUGAGAAUGCUACAAACUGGUCACAAGUGCAUGCUGCAGCAACAACGGCAGCUGCCAACUAUGGGUCAUCUUUUCUUUUGCCAGUUUUAUCACGUGGCUAUUCUAUCUGGUAUCCAAUGUUACUGCCAAGUUAUACUCAAGCACACACAUCCGGCCAAGCGAAUAUGGAUGUAACGGGGAGUGGAGAGGAACUUUGCAAUGUUGCAAGCAGCCUAACACGGGACACGUUUUGUCCAGCAUUGAUGGUAAAUGUAUAUAAUCAACACAACGUGCUUCAGAGAUGGAUUUGGAAGCAUAAUAUGGUACAGACAGCUGAACUCUUCAGCCAGUUGCAACAAAAUGCGAUGCAACCUUGUUUCCUCCCACAUGCAUCAUCAUCUGCUUCACCUCUUGUUGACCCCAACUCAUCAUCUAGGAGUUUGAUACGGGAACAACAAGCGGAAGAUGCUCAAAACAAUCUCCACCCCAGUUGUGCAAACUCUGAUUCUCAAAAUGAUGUCCAGCUCACUUAUUUGAGAGGCGUCUCUGAGAUAUUGGAAAGACAUUUACAGCACUGUGUUGAACUCCAGCAUCAAAUAGGAGCCUUAACGCUGGCACAGCCCUCGUCAAUCUCCAGAGACACUAAGGAAGACAGUAAGGACGGAUCUACAGUUUUUCAUCUUCGUGAACUAAAUGAAGAGUCCGAAAGCCGAUCGCGUGUUGAGUUGGGAGACACUGCAGCCUCGAAGAACGAUUCCUUGUCACUGUCUACAAAUCCCCUCUACAAUACCAGUCUCCCGUCCUCAUCAAGUUCUUCAACAGGGAGAGCAGACACCUAAGUCCUUUCAAGAUGGAAUUGUAGCUAUCCAUCAAGACCUUGGAGAAUCAGUGGGAAAAUUGGCUAACGACACUGUCUACAACUCAGAAAUGACUCAUUUCUAAUUCGAAUGGAUUCUCGUUUUUCGACUGCGUAGAAUAGUGAUCUCAUGUCGAUUAAAGGUUUACGAUGUGAACUGAGAUGUCAUCAAGGUGCUUUAUCGCUCAUUUCAAACCCUUCAAACUGAGCUCGAUCAUCCGAUCGGAGCAGUUGGAGGGUAUUCUAGAACAUGUAGAGGCUUAGACGUGCGAGGUUCACAAGGACACAACUCAUCAGCAGAAUCAGAUUUAUAUACCUGUUCAGAAUUUCAAUCACUUAACUACCGUCGAACAAAUGCUGAAGAAAUUCUAAGGGCCCGCAAGGCCUGUGAAGAGAAUCGAAAAUUGAAGCGUUCUGUAGGAUGCAAAUGUGGUAUAUAUAGUAAAGGGUUGGAUACAUCUUUUGUAGUAUCGAGACCUAUGAAGGUUUUGUUACAAUUCAUUUUAUGUAGCCAAACUUGGAUUUAUUAGUGAUAGCUGCCAGACAUCGGAAAAAUCAUUUUGAGCAAACAACAACAGUGGGGUGGUGAAGCAAGAGACAAUAGGAUUUUUUGUUACUACAUUUCAGAAUACGAUCAACUUGUCACGUCAUCUAAGUAUAAAGGAAUUCCAUUAUAAAACCUG